AUGGGUGUUCGUAAGUUCAAAAUUGCCGGGAUCCAGACGGGUCCCAUUGCCAAGAGUGCUACUAGAGCACAGACGGUUGAGAGAUUGGUUGGACUAUUGAAGAAGGCUGCAGAUUCAGGAGCUGUCUUAGCAGUUUUCCCAGAAAUGUCUCUCACCCCGUUCUUUCCCAAAUGGUACAUUGAGUCGCAAGAAGAGGUUGACAGUUAUUUUGAAAAAGGGGACAUUUCUACUGGAGUUUGCAAGCCGCUAUUUGAAGCUGCUGCAAAGUACUCCAUUGGCUUUUAUCUGGGCUACUGCGAGCUCACAAAUGACGGACACCACUACAACUCCGCGAUUUUGGUCGACAACCUCGGGCAAGUUGUUCACAAGUACCGCAAAGUGCAUCUUCCUGGAUUUCUCGAGCCCAGCGAAGGAGUUCAGUUCCAGCAACUCGAAAAACGUUAUUUUGAGUACGGAGACCAAGGAUUUCAAGCAUACCGCGCAAAUCCCGACUGGAUCGAUGCCACAAUCGGAAUGCUGAUCUGCAACGACAGAAGGUGGCCCGAGUCGUGGAGAACAUACGCACUGCAGGGGAUGGACCUCAUGCUGAUCGGGUACAACUCAAUUGCAAACGGUAAGGGGUUGUUCGGGGACGCCGAGGACGCCAAGCUGCGUCAGUACCACAGCGAUCUGGCUGUUAAAUCCAACGCUUACUUCAAUAGCUGUUUUGCCGUUAGUGUCGGCAAAUGCGGCAACGAGGAGGGCCAGGACCUGAUUGGCGGGUCGCUGAUAGUCGACCCCAACGGACUCGCGAAAGUGCAAAGCAAGGUGCUUGACGACGACGUCAUUGUGACCGAGAUCGACUUGGACGAAACACUGAACGGGAAAACGAAAAUGUUUGAUUUUGCCCGCCAUAGACGGCCCGAGUUCUACAGACGUCUUGUGGAUCAAAAGGGAUCCAUAGAAACUAGAUACUCAAAUUGA